AGAGAGAGAGAGGAAGGGAGUGAGUGGAACAGAAAGAGAGAGAGAGAGAGAGAGACUGACUAAAUCCUGCUCAGUGAAAGAAGGGGAGCACAUUCACACCCUUUAGAGGACUCACAGGAAAGGAGAGAAACAUACAGUCAGAUACAACUUUCAGUCACACAAGGCUGCUGGGUUUUCAGUGAGGAUAUUCAGUAAAACCCCAAAACAUGUCCAGCUCAAUCCUACGACGACAUUCCAGCAAGAAGGGAUUGGAGAAACUCCAGCGGAUCACUGUUCAGCGCAGUCUGGAGGAUGCAGAAGAAAUUGAGAGAGAACGACGACGGCGUGCAAGAACCAGUUCCUCUACUGAGCCCCCUAUGACCCCACAGGACAGCCCUCGCACUGCACAGACUCUGGACUUCCAGGGACAGAAUGAUCUGGUUCCAAGCUGUCCAUCCUCUUUGGAAGAGGACGAAGGCUUCAGUGAUUGGACACAUCUGAACAGGCGCAAACAGGGACAAAUGGAACAUAAAGAUGUAGAAGCACAUCUCAACGGCUCCCGUCACUCAAAGCCCCAGCUCUGUUCCAGCUCUGCUCCAAAAAGUAAACUGCAUGAUAUCAAUGUGUUCGACAGCACCCCAUUUAUACAGACACGACCCCCGCUUUCAAACCAGCAAAACCUGGAUGAGGGUGGUGAUGAUGAAGGCUUGGGUGCCAGAGAACAGGAAAGAAUGGAUAACAUUAAGGCAUCAGAGAAGGAGGAGGGAGAGAAUGGACGGUGGUGUGCGGAGGAAGACGAUCCAAGAAGGGUGAAAGGUCAUGAGUCGUCUCUCUGGAAAAAACAAAAUCAGAGCUGUGACAUGGAUGAGAAGAGAGAAAAGAAGGCAGAGAAGAAGAUUUCCUACACCUCCACAGUCCUCCUCCAACAGAAUGGGAGACAAUACAGCACUAAUGGACAAGAGGGGACGAGAACAAAUGACAGAGAACCGAAGAUACAGAGCAACAUGGACUCUUCAGUCGAUUCAGCAGCUCUCGGCUGUCAAGAAAGUGUGUCUGAGGAGGUGUUUGUGAAGAGCAGUGAGGAGGACCAGGAGCACAGCGAGACAGGAGAUCAGACUCAUGAGGAGGUGCACAGGAGGAUGAGAGAGCAGGAACGAGAGAGGAAGAGGAGGGAUGUGAUGGAAAAGCUGAAGAGGUUGAGUAUAUCCAGUGGAGAUCCAGAGGAACCCUUCAGUCCUCUCAGCCCCAGGAGCCCGUCCUACAUGGCUGAGGGUGAGGAGUGGCAAACAGAAGGUACAAGCUCGAUUACUGAGAGGACGGAGUCUCUAAACCGCUCCAUUAAAAAAAAGAACAGCAUAAAGAAGACCCAGCCACCCACCAUCAUCUCGAAGUUAGAUGGCAGACUGGAGCAGUACAACCAUGCCAUUGAGGAGUCCAGUAAAGAGGGCAGUGUAGUAAAAGUAAUGGACGUCCCAACACCGCCAGAACCCGUAUCUGCUCGGAAGACCCUGUUUGAGGAGGGAGAAGCCUGGAAUCAGAAUUCAGCAAAGGCUGUUUCCUCCAAGGAUACAGAGGGAAUGAAGGUGGGUGUGGCAGAUCUAAUUAACCAAUGGGUGAAAGGAAACGGUGAUGUCAGCAUCAAGAGCCCCUCCUCCAAAGCAGCUUGUCAGGAUGUUAAGGCUGGUGAGGUGCGUAGCAUCAAAUCCAUGUGGGAGAAUCUGGGAGACCCCUCAUCUCAGGAUAAACCAUGUGCAAAGGGACUGGCUGGAAAAAGGUACAAAUUUGUGGAGAAUGGGCACGGGAAAUAUGAGAAGGUCUUCAUAAAUAACGCAAACUGAAGAACAAAUGUCUGAAGACGAGAUGCUGAUGUGAUCAUUGUCCUUCAGUUUUUGCACUGUACAAAAUGUAAACCCACUAAUAUUGAAAACUUGUUUUAAUUAUUGCCGUAAAUUUUAAGUAAAAUCAAAAUGGUGCCAAAGCCACAGAAACUCUGAAUGAGUUAACUGAUGAAGAAAAUCUUUAAAAACUCAUGUAAUCAAGUACAAUUGACAAAAAUUGUGAAACGAUGGAAAAAAAUUAUAGUAGGGUUUUAGUUACUUUUAUAACAUCUCAUUUAAUUGUCAAACCUUAAAUCAUUGGUGUCCAAUCCUGCUACUGGAGAGCCACUGUACUGAUUUUUGUCAAAAGAAAUGUAUUAUUUUUCCACUUACAUGUGUAUUAUGUCAGAGUUUUUCAAUUCAGUAAGUGUUUAGUACAGAUUGAGGAACAACACCAGUCAGUAUUAAAUACAGAAUGUAGUCUGGAAGAAGGUAUCAGACAAUAAUCUGACCUGUCUUCUCUGAACCCAGUGGCACAAAGUGCUCUAUAUACAUUUACUAAAAUAUACUUUUUUUAAAUGUUGAAUGAAUUAUUUUUAUGUUCAUGUUCUCUUUUUGUUUAAUUAAAUUUAGUUUAAUCCUGAAUGUUUUAACUCUCACCGUCCUGCUCUCAUUUUUGUAAUUUUUCUUCCUUCAUAAUUUUUUUAGAGUAUUUUCUCCAUAUAAGUGAAUAACAUUCGGUUAAGUAGCAUUACAAGUUCACACAUGUAAACCGAUCACCAAGUGACUGUGCAGUGAAAGGUGUAUUUGUCAAAAAAAGGUUAAUAAAACAUAAAUUUUCUGUGAA